AUGAACUUGUCUUCUGAGCACUGCAACAUGUCAGACUGGCUGAGGCUGGAAGCAACUGUGAAGGUCUCCGUGUACAUGGUGGCUUUCUCCUUCGCCACGCUCAUCACGGUCAUCAUUAUCACCAUCAUAUCACAGAAUUCAAAACUGAGGAAAGAGGUUCGAUACAUCCUCCUCUGUCACCACCUGCUGUGCAUCUCCUCCUACUGUGGCCUGGGGGUGGUUUUCCAAGGGAUGCGAGCCUUCCUGGCCAACAGCCCCAUCCUGGCAUGCUGGGUGGUGUUUGGGGCACAGCUGAGUGUUGGAGAAGGGAUCCUCUUCACUCUGGCCUUGAUGGCUGCCCAUACGUACCUGAUGAUCUGCUGGCCCUUGACAUCUGUGUCCUUUAUAGAUUCCAUUAAGUAUAAGCUUCUGGCUGGGACUUGGCUCAUUAUUAUACUGAAAAAUGCUUGCCUCUUCCUCAUAGAGGGCACUGGCCCUACUCAGAUUGCUCUUUUAAAAUCUGAACCCCUUUGCCCAGUGGUCUUGAAUGGCAUUCCUGCCAGAGCCAUUGGCAUGGUUUUCCUUUUCCUUCUUCUGUCUAUCAUUCUUGUAAGUUACUCCCUGAUAUACAAAGAAGGGAAACGGGCUGGCCAUUUUAAUAGGUCAAAUAUCAAAGCAAGGAAAACAGUCCUUAUUCAUUUAGUACAAUUGGGCUUGCACAUAAUACCAACUCUGUUAUUCAUUGGUUUAGGAAAGAUGUGUGGAGUGUUUUUCUUUGCUUUAAAUCUGGUGCUUUUUGGAGUCUUUGCCUUUGCCCAGUGUUUCAACCCUCUGAUCUAUGGGCUCUGGAAUAGAGAGUUGCAAAGCAGAUUAUACCACUGUAUGUGCGGUCAACUGUGGUGUGGUCACCGUGGUGUGACUAGCAGAGUGUCAGUUUAA